GUGCUCUCCACGUAUUUUUCGUAGGCUAGCACAGACGCAAACCACUUACGAGAACUGCGGCCUAACUACUGCCACAGUUGUCAAGGAGAAAAUGAUUUAGCUAUAUGCUGCAUCGUUAUUGUUGUUGUUGAAUCAAUUGCAUAUAAAGUUAAUGAAAAUCGCUUUUAGUAUAAAGUCAGCAGUGAGUGUGGAUCGCUAGAAGAGAUUAGUACGGUGCAAUUGUUCCUGACUAAAAUGGCUGAAUGGUCUAACCACAAGUACUUCGUUGCACUGUUGCUACUGAUUGGUGUAGUCUGCACUAAGGCUGAUGGCAAUGAAAACCCCAAAAUAGACAUGGAAAUACUUGUUUCCCGCAAUCGAUUGCUAGAGUCCAUGAUUAAUGAGUCCCUUAAGUUAACUGAAUAUAUUUUCGAACGGAGUGCGGAUUUAUGUAAGAAGAUGCACGAAGAAGACAUAGGCGAGUACGAAACGAGCAAUGAAUCUGUGAACAGAGAAUCUGAGGAAACUGAAGUAGCAGAAACGCACGAAACGGCUUUGAAGCAUUGCAUUGGUCAUAUCGAUGAUCGUUUGGAUCCCACAUAUAGUGGUUCUAGUAAUCGUGUUGAGAACGUCUUAUUACAUAAAUAUGGAUUUGAGGAUAUUCAAAAGGUUGUGAAUCGAAAAUAUGACGCAUUCUUCGUAGAGAUUUUGCGACAAAUUGAUGAAUAUCUGAAGGGUUUGACACCGGAACAGCAAAGCGGAACGACAGCGCAAAAUCUGAGAGGGUGGUCAAGUAAAAUUAGAGAGGCCGCUACUUUGGCACAGAAGGAAAUGGCGUUUAGACGUUGUAUGCGCUUUUAUUUAUUUGAAAGAGGUGUUUAGUGUGUAUAGUCUUAAAGCACUGAUAAUGAUAUUCAAAAAUAAAAUGUUUGAAAAUGCAAGAUAUUUUCCAAAUUUUUGACAGUAAA